CCAAGGAAGUAUGAGCCACUUCCAUAGUGAAGGCUACGUUAAUAACGACAGUCACUGGCGGUGGAUGGUUCCAGUUGUAUGCUAUGGCUACUUCUACGAUGUCUCAGUGUAUUCAUAGCGUUUAGAUCUUGACUUGCCUAAACGAAAAGGAGGCGACUUAACGAUUACAAAUUAAGGAAAUCUUUUGCUGCUUGCUAUUAUUUAGUUGGACAGAAGUCUCGGCCACUGGUCAUCAAUAAACUGUCAGACGUGCGAACACUGUUAUUAUAGCUAGCAUCAUGCUGUCAAUAUCUCCCUAAAAUGUCCUAGAAGGCCCCACCCGCGUUUCCGCUUUCUCCUGUAUGCCUGCAGUAUUUUAGGAGUUGUCGGAGUCCGACAAACGAGCCAACCUGCAAGUAUCAUAGUCCGUGUUGACCACUGUGGUGUUCUCAUCGCAAGAUGGGGUGGAGCCAAGCCGAUGAAGGUGGCUAUAGGACAAGCCUAAGAUUAGGACGAGCUAUCUGUGUGACUUCUAUUAUCGUUCUUUUGCUUCGGACCAACGCGGUAACAAGUCAGAUACCAGUGGAGGGACCACGUACCGUGCGAAUUAUAAAUGCUACUAAUGACUCUCUGACGAUAUCCUGGUCAUUCUCAAGCCCAUCAAACCUCUUCAAUUUAUCCACGUUUACGAUUACAGCAGUUCCGAUAACCUCCUAUACUUCAAACCCUGUCACAGUCGAAAGCAGCGUGGGCAGCCAACAAAGAUCAUUUGUACUUCUUGGACUUAGUCCUGCCACAUCUUAUAAUAUCUCGGUCUGGGCCAUCGAUAUUGAAGGCAACGUUACUGAGAAAUCGUAUCUUAGUGCCUGGACACGGCUUGGAGAUCUACCCGUUCCGCCAAACCCGGCAGUCGAGGAGAUGUUUCAAGAUGGCAAAAAAGUGCUUGUUGUUACUAUAAACCCUCCAACGGAAUUCCAUGGGCCCAUCACGAAGUAUCGCGUUGUUGUGAUGGAGCAGGACUCGCUUAUGCGUUUUGAUCCCGAUAAACUAGUUAAUUUCGCAGAAGCAGAUCGGGAUGGCUUACCUUACUAUAUAGCGGGCGACUUGAAGCCUUUGCAGAAGCCCUUGCUCUUCAUAGUCGGUAGCAAUUCAUCUAGCAAUCCACCGCUUGCUGAAGAGCAGAAGUAUGAUAUUAUCGUGGGAGUCAUUAGUGAAUUGAAUGGGGAAACGAAGAGCGUAUUUUCGGUUCCCUCAAGAGAGCCUGCCUCUGCAGGUCUUGGAAGAGCCAAUGUGGGUGCUUCGCGAUAUUUAAAUGCUGAAGAUGAAACUGACCUGGCAUUGCGUCGUCGCGAUGCUGUUCUUGUUUUUAUAUUGUCCGUCGCCAUUGGGGUGCUGGGCUUUCUGCUUGUGGCAGCCUUUAUCCUCUAUUUCAUCCUUCGACAGCAAUAUGCAAGUAAACGAAGAUCCGAUGAACUCAUACUGAAGAUACAUGACCACGACAGUGAAAGCGGCUAUUUUGGAGUGAAUGGCAAACUGCAUCUGGAAGAAGGUGCUGACCUAAACGGAUUCUACAGUCGCCUGUGCGAUCUCUACUGGCAAAUCCCGCGGCCCCAGCUCCACAUAUCCGAUAUCGUGUUGGGUCAGGGCAUGUUCGGGCUCGUGCGAGUGGGAAAGAUUCUUCGGAAUGGAGAGGAGAUCUCCGCACAGAUACAAAGGUGUGGAGCACAUUUUGCUUUGUCGGAUAGAGAACGACGAGUUCUACUGGCUGAAUUAGAGACGGUUGUGCAAGUUGGUAAGCAUCCAAACGUAGUUGAAUUUAUCGGAGGCUGCGAAGAAGGUGAUGCAUUGUGGAUGGCAGUUGAACAUCCGAAUAAUCCACUCAGAGGAGUUUUACUGGCUAGCAGACAGCAAACGGAAAAUCGAAUAAGCAGCAUCCCAGAAUACCGGCUAAUGGAAAUAGCAAUAUCCCUCGCCGAUGGCAUGAAGCACUUAGCACACCGUGGCGUGUGUCACGGAUGUCUCUCAACUCGCAGCGUAAUGGUCCACCUGCCAGAGAUGACACCUAAAAUCAGCAACUUCUCUAUUUCCAGAUAUACCCCCUUGGGAAAGAAGCUUGAUUAUACUCGAUGGACAGCACCUGAAGCCAUGCGACGAAGGGUAACACAAAAAACCGAUGUUUGGUCUUUUGGAGUGCUUCUCUGGGAGCUUUUCACAUUUGCGGGGACACCGUAUGUUGAUCUGAAGUCGAACGAGGUGCAGGCCAGAAUAACAAAAGGUCAUCGCCUGCCACAACCCCGUGGAGUAAAUACCAGUCUUUUCCAGCAAAUGCUGAACUGUUGGGAAAUGGACCCCGACGAGCGACCAUCAUUCGAAUUUCUCGCCCGAGAAUUGCGGACAGUUGCUUCAGAGGAUCCCCUUCGAUUUCCCCAACAAAUUAAAUAUAUAUAUGACAAGUUUGACCCGCUUGCAGAUGAAUCGUAGACAAACUUGUUAGAAAAAAACUGCGAUAGGCGCCGGAUUAAUUAGGAAAUAUUAAUUGUGGUAGAUUUGAUAGUUCUCCGUCGAUGGAUUGGCUUGUAAUACUUAGCGUAACAGGCACAUGUAAAGUAGUAAAUUAAAAUAAAAUACCACAAAGCGAAGUAAGUAUUAGUUAAUUGGACACAAUGUUCCGUUCACAAAACCUCAGCGCAAUAGUGCAACAAUUUUAACUUUAAUGUACACAGUAUAUCUAGCGUAUCAUUCGAUUGCAUAGCAGCAUAACGAUUAUGAUUAUCUCUCUUAUUAUCCGUGCUCAGUAUAUUACAGAAGAGUCCUAACGGAAAAUACGGACAGAUAAAAGAUGGCAAUUUAGUAUCUUUCGUUCCUACACAUUUUCAAAUUUAGGGCUGCUAAUCAUGCGAACUCAGGUGCUCACGCCUACUGCAUUGUUAUAUAAUAUAUCGUCAUAAGGCCGAAAACAGAAACGACAGAAAAAUUAUUUGCACUGAAUAAAAGAAGUCAAGGCUAAUAGGCAUGGCUUUAUAUGUAGUCUGCUUCGAGGAGUACUGCUGGGCUCUAAUCCCCUUUUUAUCAAAAUAACAGUCUCCAGGGCAUUGCUUGCCCACUUCCUAAAUGCAUUUCUACGCAUUUCCUAAAACAACAGCUUUCUUUAUCUCAGUUGACAUUUUACUACAGAUUUCAAAACAUGGUUUCUUCAGGCUUAGUCAGACACGCUGAGAUAUUGUCACAUGUUAUGUUCUUACUAUGUUUACGUUGCGUAAAAGAAUUUACCAUUGUCCGUAUAUAAGAGCAUUUAAUCAUCAGGCCAUAAAAGGCCUACCCUCAUAUAUUUUAGGUAUCAACAAAUUCGAACUUAGUCUAUGCAAACGAUGAUACUAUUGUGACGCCAUCUUUAUGAGCAAAAAGUUCUGCGACUUUCUGUUCUAUUUUUAAAAAUGAAGGUAAACGAAUAAAUUUUGGAUUCGGAAAAUCGGAUAAAACGUCCCUGUUAAAACUACCACAAUUUAGUGAUAGCAUCGAGCUUCAACUUAGUUUAGAAUGAAUUUACGAGUUUUUCAGGGCGAUAUACACGUUUCUUAUCAAAGCCAAAUUAUUACUGGAAAUAGCGAGGUAUUUUACCUAAUGCAUAAGUAGCAUCACGAUAAUCACUUUCAUAAAUGAUUAUCACUACGCUACUUGUUAUUGCUAUUGUGAGAAAGUUACAGAAAAGAUACAAAAUAUCUUUUUCAUCUAUUCAAGCAAAUCCUCGAGAUCACAUUUUUUUCGAUACGGCGUCAAGGAUCUGUCGCCAACAGCAGUUUCCCCAGAGUCACGCUUGAGUUAUAUGAAAUUUUUUCGAUCAAGAGAUAAAACGACACGGAAAUCAUAUCUCUGUAUCAUAGUUUCUAAAAUACGUAAUCUUCUGGCAGUAAUAAUUUUAUGAACAUUGAAAUAGCCGUAUAUUUAUCUUGCUUAUAAUUACUCUGGUAACACACUCAGAAAGAUAUGCGUUAACCAUCUGGACCACGCUUGCCCGGAAGUACUAUUGGAAGAACAAGGAACUCAGCAAAUUUCUUAAUUAGCUUCCUGCCUUUUAUAAGGACAACUAACCUAGAUAUUUUCUAAACAUUGUUAUAAAGCAAUGAUUAAAUAAAUAAGCAGAUACAUCUGAAAAGAAAGCUACAUACAUUGCCUCCGCCGUGUUAGUAUUGUGUUCAAGCACGAGCCCAGAUGAAACGUAAGGGCCAAGUGGGAAAAAUAUUCUGAGUAAAUACAUUACCUCCAUAUAUAUGUAUGCGAUAUAUUGUGUUUUAGUGCACUUCUUGACAAAAUCUAAGGGCUAAUAAACUAUAUAUGUGUUAAUUUAAUACAAUAUAAUAAUUCAUAUAUAAUAUAAUACAAUAAAUAAUUAUAUAGAAAUAGCUAUUUUUUAGCUUAAACCAUCCAAACCUACAGCAUACUACUGUCAGAUGACAAUGUGAAUCUCACCUAAGCAAUGUGUUCUACAAAAAAAACCUGAAAGGUGAAUGCAGCAUAAAACUUCCGAGUAACGACGAACAGUACACUCCUCCCUUCUUCGAUUUCAACGUCUUGUUACAUAACAAAUUUUGAUAUAUUAUACAACACUGUUGCUUUAUGGUCAAACAUGAAAAGAGCUACUGAAGGCAGCCAUUGUAGUAUGUAUACAUCACGCGAUGAUUAUUUUCAAACGUUGGGGAAAAAUUCCAAGGAGGCGACUUUAAAAAUAAAAAUCUAUUAAAUAAAAUGGGUGAACCUCCCAUACAAAAAAAGUUUAUGGAAAUAUCGAAAACUGCGACCUCGAGAAAAAAGUCUAAUUGCACCUGUAGAUAUGUUUUGAUCUCGCUGAUGAAUUAUGUGGAUUCUCAAACUCUGUUAGUAAAUCUCACAGUUCGCGAGAUAAAUGUAACAAACAAACUGUGUAAAUAGCCAAGAGUACCCACUUCUAAACGUGGCGUACAGUCGCUGACAUAUUUACGAUUUUUAGACGCAUUUGUGGAUAUUGCCUCAUAAGUUUGGCGUCGGCCAGAGAUAACCGAGUUUAUAAACCUUAUUUACGAACUAAAGUGACAUGCAAUUUGUGCCAGCCGAAGACAACAUUGGACCGCCUCCUAACGUGGCUGAUUCAUAAAUUUGAAAUUAUCGUUUUCAUGCAUCGGCGAUUCUUAUUAACAAAAACCUUAGCCCGUAAUUCAGUGAUCAAUUAUCAGAUCCAUUUUAGACAAUGAAGUAUAAUUUAAUAAAGAACAAAUUCUUAUGUAAGAUCGUUCG